GCACUUGCUCCCCAUUGACAACACACACAACGCUGACAAACAACACAAACCCUUCACCAGCCAGACACCCAGAGAGACACGAUGGAGGUGGAAGGGGUGACCACAACGGCGUUCUCGUCGGAUCACAGCGAUGGCAGCAGUGGUGCCGAUGAUGAGUGGGAGGAGGAGGAUGGACUGACCUUUAGGAAGCGGCACUUGCCAUGCUUUGAUGAAGUGUAUGGCAAGCCAGAGGCCUUGGAGCACGCACUGCACCGAGAGACCUUGAACGGGCAGCCAAUCCACGCCGUGCUGAGCUGGGCGUUGCCACAGGCAGCCGAUCUCUGCUUGCUGGCCAUCGAUGCCUCUGGCUUCACGCUGUCACCACAAACACGCCAGUACCUUGAGACGUCCAGCACUUCACAUCGCACCACCACGGAUAGUGACAAGCAGCACGUCCUCGAACUAGCACACAAGCGGCGCUACUUUGAGGCCGAACUCACAUGUGCACCGCUGCAGCAGCGAAUUGAGGAGCUACAACGGCAGACGAACCGAUCUUCUCGCGAGGAAGAAGAGCUGGCGCAGCUCAAGACGCAGGUGGAGAGGAACGCAGUGGUGCUGGAGUACGAAGUGGACGUGUGGAUGCGCGUCGUCUUUGUGAAGAUGCACGUGCCAUUCACUGUUCGCUGCGCAGUGGCACAGAAGCUGCAGCUUAUGAUGCCGCUGAAACGCAGCAUUCGCCUUGCCAGGCGCAAGCGCAAUGCCCUCCUCGACACCAUCGACCCACUGAACAUCCUCAACCGCAUCGGGCGCAACCGCGUGGGCCCGGCAGGAGAAGGCAGCACCAGCGAACGCCCAACGACAUCUCGGCUUCGACGCCGUACCGUAUCCACGCUCGCCGUGAACAGUGCCAUCAACGAGCAAGACGCCGCGUUCCUCAUCUUGGACGAGGACGACGAAGAGAUUGAUGAGUCGCAGGAUGAAGAAACUCUGCAGGAAAUUACAGCGGAGUUCUCGUUAGUUCGUGCAUCUGCGUUUCGCAAUUUCAGCAAGCCCGACUUGUUCUUCACACCCGCACAGAACCUUCGGCUUACCCGACAGAUUCUGCUGGAACGGCCGUUCACAAAGAGUGUCCGAAUUGCCCAUGCCGCUGACGGCAACGCAACGAACCCGCUCCAGCACCAUCAGCAGCAACAGCAACGGCGAGGGCAGCGAGCAGCUCAAGUGAACAUUCAGGUGGAGGAGGUUCAUGGUGGGUCAGGGCGCGGGUCGCCGGACCAGGAAGGAUCAACCAGUCCUGCCGACAUCCAAGAAGAAGAGUUGAUUGCCCACGCAUACCGAUCGCGUGGGUACCAGCUGCUUGUUGCUGACGGCGCGUACUCCGCCGUAUUCCCGCUUCACGACACAACAGCGGCAACAACAGCAGACAGUGACGCGACAGAGACGUCGGCAGCACCGACGCUCGACGCAGCUGUGGCCGAGGAUGAGUCACGUCUGCUGUCCUCAAAUGGUUUGCAGAUUGAGCGGUCGCACAACCCUUACGCCAACCUCUGGCUCAAACUUGUUCUCUUCUGGAGCAACUGGCGAAACUGGAGGCACCACCAGCCGUUGCGACUGGUGAAGAACUACUUUGGCGAGAAAGUUGCCUUCUACUUCCUCUGGCUUGAGUUCUACACAACGUGGCUGGUGGCCCCGGCCCUGCUUGGCUUUGUUGUUUUCUUCCUUGGCUUUGCUCUGCAGGCCAACCGAACAGAUGUGAAGGAGUAUUGCGCGAGCAACAAAACCAUGUGCGCUGUCUGCUCCUCCUGCGAUCAGUUUACUCUUCAAGAAAGCUGCAACGCCUACAAGACCGGAUAUCUGUUUGACAAUGGGGCCACGGUUGUGUUCUCGCUGAUCAUGUCUGUGUGGAGCACACUCUUCCUGGAGUUUUGGAAGCGAACGCAGAACCGCAAGGCGUACGCGUGGCGUGUCCGCAACUUCGAGGAAACGGAGCCGCACCGCCCGCAGUUUCGUUCUGAGGGCGUGAAGACGGAUGAUGUGACAGGGCUUCCGAAACCAUUCUUCCCCUUCAACAAACGCCUUCGUCGCUACAUUGUCUCCUUUCUCACUGUCACCGUCAUGCUCGGCAUUGUGAUUUUGGCUGUGGUUGGUGUGAUCCUCGCUCGAACGGUCAUCCGCACCAGGCUCUAUGAAUCAUCAUCGGAGAGCGUGAGCAAGGCCUCGGGUGCCAUCACAUCUGUUAUUGGCGCUUCCUUGUCUCUCUUCAUCAUUCUCGCCCUCGGAAAGGUGUAUGCACGAAUUGCGCUGACCUUGACGCGCUGGGAGAACCACGAGCGUGAGAGCGAAUUCGAACGGGCGCUGGCCAUCAAGGUGUUUUUGUUCGAGUUUGUCAAUAACUUUGCAUCCAUCUUCUUUGUUGCCUUCUUCAAGGGCCAAUUCAUUGGUCGCCCGGGCAAGUUUGUUGAGUUCUUUGGCUAUCGCCAGGACGCGUGUCCCGAAUAUGGCUGUCUCAUCGAGUUGACGAUUCAGCUUUCUGUGAUUAUGGUGGGCAAGCAGAGCAUGGGCAACGUGAAAGAGGUUGUGAUUCCUUACCUCUUUGGCGUGUGGAAACGAUGGAGCCUUGCUCGUCGCAUGCUGUCUGUGAUCAAGCAAGCUACAAACACCGCAGAACAUGGCAAGGAUUCCAGCACCGAUGGCGCGGGUCAUGCCAACGACGCGCAAUCCUCCUCCGCAGCCAUGUUUUCGUCGCCCCUCGCUGUUCCGCAAACGGUUGGCCAGGACAAGCCCUUCAACAAGAUCCUUCCGUGGGCGGUGCAGUACGGCUACACGGCGUACCCAGGCCUCUUCAGGGAAUACCUCGAGAUGAUUCUCCAAUUCGGGUUCACCACUCUGUUCGUAGCGUCCUUCCCGCUGGCGCCCAUCUUUGCUCUCCUCAACAACAUUGUUGAGAUUCGCCUUGAUGCGAAGAAGCACAUGCACGUGCUGCAGCGCCCAUUUGGCUUUGGUGCGGAGAACAUUGGCAUUUGGCAGCACGUGUUGAGUUGGGUCAGCAUUGUUGCCGUGAUUACAAACGCCUUUGUCAUCGCAAUCACCUCCAGCUUCAUUCCUCGCUAUGUGUACACGCGCCUGAAUGGGGAUCUGGCCGGCUUUGUGGACGCCAGCCUGGCCAAAUCACCCGUGACAGACCCAACGUCCAACCAGUUUGACUGCUACUAUUCUGGGUAUCGCAACCCCGAUGGAAGCUAUUCCACCUUGCACUUUCAGAUUAUGAUGGCAAGGUUUGCCUUUGUGCUCAUCUUCGAGCAUGUUGUGUACACGUUCAAGUACUUGCUCAGCCUUGUCAUCUACGAUGUCCCCAGCGACGUGGAGAUUAAGAUUCGCCGCGAAGAAUACCAGGCCAAAAUUGCCCUUGACCGAGAGCUUGCUCGCACUGCCCGCCACAAAAAGAAUACCUGACUGCCAAUGGAAAGGAAGCCUCUGGGAGAGCUGCUGACUUUUUCCUUCCUUGCUUGUUUGGUGUACCAUACAAACCCACAAACACAACGCCUCCUGUCUGUUCCCCAGUCAUGAUCAUAAUAAACGCACCACCCAGAAA